AUGGCUCAUAAGUCCAACCCCUAUAAGAAGGCCCGUGCGGCCAUGCGUUGGAAGUGGAAGAAGAAGCGUACUCGUCGUCUUCAGCGUAAGCGCCGGAAGAUGCGUCAGCGUUCCAAAUGCUGUGAUGAUGAAGAUACUCGAGAAGAAUUGUUACCCUCUGCCAAUUGA